UGACGGUUUAUCAUAUGAUGAUGGCUUGCGGGUGUAUUUAUUCCGGCCCCCGGGGAGAGCUCCUGGCUUUCGGCUCUCACUGCAGCUCAGCUCCCAAGGGGGUCUUUUAGCAAUGCAGAGCAUCGCAGAACACGGCAGGCUGAAUGCCACGGGCAAAAUGACCUUCCUUUCCCGAAUGGAAACCUUUGCAGCCGCCCACAGGCUGAGCAGCAAAUUGCUGAAUGAUGAAGAAAACCGGAAGUUCUUUGGGAAAUGCAACCAUAGCCACGGCCACAAUUAUAAAGUGGUGGUGACUGUACGUGGAGAGAUGAAUCCCAUCAGUGGCAUGUUUAUGAACAUUUACCAGCUUCAGGAAUAUAUGCAGGAAGCUAUUCUGGAGCCUCUGGACCACAAGAACCUGGACCAGGACGUGGAUUUUUUUGCUGAUGUUGUAAGCACGACGGAGAACUUAGCCAUAUACAUCUGGAACAACCUGGAAAAAAUCCUCCCGGCAGGAUGCCUGCACAAAGUCAAGCUCUACGAAUCUGACAAAAACUUCAUUGUUUACAAGGGAGAAUAAAAAAAUGUAGACAA